GAUUAAUAUUUUUUUUUCAGUACUAAUUGAGCGAACAACAUGGGAGGUUUACUCGCGCUGUGUUUUUGUCUGCUGGCAUCAUUGGUUUUCAUCCAAGCGGAGGUGGAUAUAAACAUUGCCACGGCCAAUCAGAUUCACAAGAAUCUAAAUCGAACAUCAUCGCCGUGUACGAAUUUCUGGAAUUUUGCCUGCGGCGGUUUUGAAAAUGCAUCAAAAUAUGUUGAUAACUUCGAAUGGGUUGAGGAUCAGUUUGCCAGUGCCAUGGUGGAAUUCAUGGAGAGCAACUUGGGAGCAAACGACCCUGAGGCACCGCUACUAAUUAAUCAGAUGCGAUCAUAUUACAAAGCCUGCACGGAGGAUAAGCGAAAAUUAAUCGUAAGCAGUCCUUCUCCAGAAUUAUUGCAAUGGGCGGUAGAAACGGACAAGUUUCUUCAGCACGGCUUAAACGGCGUAUUUUUUGAUGAGCGCGUUGAUGUGGCCACAAAUGAUUCCACCCGUUUGGUUAUUCAGAUAAAGAUGCCCGAUGCGAGUGCAAAAUAUAGUGAAAUGCGGGCAUUGGAGCUCCUUAAUUUAUAUAAUUGGGAGUAUAAGAAUGAAAUGAUCCAAUUGGUAAAUAAAUUGCAACAGUUGCGGGGUGAUCACAGCGUGGAGAAUCCAGUUGUAUAUACUUGGCGUUACAACGAAAUCAAAGAGCAAUUACCUAAUUUUCAGUGGGAUUUAGUUUUUGAUAAUCUGUUGGGUGAGCCUCAUACAAUGAAAACCUUGGAUCACCUGCUUUUUGAGGUCAGUGAUGUGGAAUAUCUAAGGGAAGUCAUUCAACUUUUAAAGAAUCUCGACAGCAAUGUUACAGAUAUGUAUCUUCGAGUGCGCCACUUGGUUUUGAUUAUGGAAUCGGAACCUAGAGUUCGGAAUUCAAGGACCUGCAUCCACCACAUGCGUGCCUUUCUACCCCUAGGUGUAAAUUAUAUCUACGACCGAUUUGUGUACCAGAAUCGGGAACAGGACAACCGACGGCUUCAAGAGAUCUUGGGAAGUCUAAAAGCCACCUUUGGAAAAUACUUGAGUGGCAAUCGUUUGCAGCUUGCGCCACAUCAGUUAACCUACGUAAGAGAUAAAUUGGCUGGCAUUCGGCUUAAAGUAGGAAAUUUACCAGAGGAAAAGUCGCCAGAUUUCUAUAACACCCACUACGAGAGCGCUAAUUUCACAGACUCAAGUUUCAUGGGAAACCUAAUUCAAGUUUUGGCUCUACGCACUCGUCUCCAGCAUCAGGUACUUUUAAAACCUGGUUCUAGACUGGAUAUGCAGCGGUACUACGUCAACGAUAAUGUGCUGAAGGCACGAACUUCUCCCUUUUAUGAAAACGAAAGGAACACCAUUACCGUGCCUAUGGAAUUUUUACAAUGGCCUUUGUUUGAUCACCGGCAGCAUUCCAUUUUCCAGGGGAGUCUUUUGGGAGCAGUUUUGGGCCACGAGAUGAACCACGCCUUCGAACAGGAGGGCAUACUAUUUGAUGCCCUCGGAAAUGAGUCACCUGUGGGCUUGGAAAUCCGAGAAUCGCAAGCAUUUAGAGAUGCAAUCAAGUGUGCGGAGGGAAAACCUGCUGUUUCCCUAAAGGAACGACUGGCUGACCUUAAUGGUCUGCAGUUGGCCUAUGAUUCUUUCUUUGGAUUGGACCAUGAUUCCCGGAAGUUUGAGUACCGUCCGUAUGCUUUCGAGUCGGAGUUUACGGCACCCCAACUGUUUCACCUCAGCUAUGCCCAAUUCUUCUGCGGGUCCCUGCCACCGGUGAUCGCUCACGAUCGAGAUGAUGAGCGUGUGAACGUGAGCGUUGGCAAUUUGCGUCAAUUUGCAUACGACUUUAAGUGCCAGACGAGCCAGUCGUCCGUCUGCGAAAUGUGGCGUCCGCGGGAGGAGAGCGCAUCAGGUUACUAAGAAAUGAAAAUGUGCACCCAUAACCAUUAAAUGUAUCUGAAAAUACAUGAUGAUAAAAUAUGAAAUCCUCCAAAUACAGAUGUGUUCGAUUUCAUCCAAAAGUUUUUUUUAAGCCGACUUACUUGAAAGGUAUUCUAAAACUAAUAAGAAAGUUAUUUUAAUGUAAUUAAAAUUUUAUUUUCCUACGAUCUUUGCUUUGAAUAAAUUAGUAAAUUAAACUUUA